CAAGCUGGCAAUCCUGACAGAUGGGACUGUCAGUAGCACCCUACAUGAGCCACGAAGCGGUGCAUGAGUCGAUUCCGACGCCCCCAAUCACCAAUCCAUCACGGCAUGAUGGCUGUGGCCCCUCACCGAGCAGACAACACGUACGCCCAGUGCUGACAGUGGUGCAUCCAUACAACUCGCCGCGAGGAAGCCAGGCAACCAGGUGAAAAAGAGGACACCAGGGGGGUGCGUCAGAGGCAGACAGUCGGAUGGUUCGUUGUGUGCAGGUCCCUCGUUCGUUGGUCGACAACACAGCGAAUAUGGAUGUGUGUGUGCAGUGAGAGGGAAAGGGCCCAUCGGAUGGAAUGACUGAGUGAAUGAAUGAUCGCUUUCCUGCCUGUGCAGGUGA